AUGUUGGUCAUCAAUCCGAGAAUUCUGCUGCAACUGGUGGCUGUUGAAAUAGUUGUUUCAUUGAAUGCUGUGAAGGAGUCCAAUGUGAAUUUUACUGAGCACUGGCUUUCUAAGCAUAAAGCAGUCUUCGACAUCUUUGACGUUAACAAAGACGGUGUGGUAACCAAAGAGGAACACAUCGAUUUGACAACAGAGCGAGCCAAACGGGUCUUGGAACCUUGGCGGGCUAAGGCAGUGUACGGGAUCAUGUCCGACUCGUAUAAAACCUGGUGGUCGAACAAAGACACCAACUAUGCAACAUCCAUAACAUUUGAAGAGUUGAUCCCAGCUCUCGAGAAGGAAGUCCAGUAUACACGUGAGGCAAUCAUCCAAAAUUGUUGGGAUUGGUUUCACACAUUUGACCUGGACUGCGAUGAGAAGCUGACGGUAGACGAGUAUUCCAAAUUCCUUACGGUUUUCCGCAACACAGCCCCCGUUCAAAACGUUUUUAAAGCUAUCGACCGAGAUGGGAAUGGUGUAAUAAAUGGCGAAAAAUUCCUAUACGGAUUUCAGCAUACAUGGUAUGACACCAAGGCCAGUUCCGCUGAUUUUAUUCUAGGUGCUCACCACUGA